UUAAAAAUAUAGCAGGGCAAAAAAAGAAGAAGAAACAGCUUAUGAUGGAAAAUCCAAAAAAGAAACAGCGAGGUACUGGUAGACAUGCCAUAUAUAAGUUGCACCUUGGAUGGCUUCAUGAAACUCGUGGGAAGUUAAGACAAGUUACCGCACGGAGAGGAGGCGGUACAAGAAUAUACGAAUUUAAAAAAGAAGAAGAGCAAACUGUUCAGACAGUUAUAAAUUAUGCAACUAGCAUUUUCUUUCCAGAUGGAAAAAAUGAUAUGGGAAAGUUAUCAGAUAUGGUAGUGAACCUGUCUACAUAUAACGGAGAAGUAAUCUCAAAAUUUGUCAUGCCAAAUGGGGAAGAAUGUAAUUUGCAAACAUACUUGAAGUCUAUCGGCGUGUUUUCCUCUCAGUACUUUUUAUAUUUGAGAACAUCUAAAAAACAGGAGAUUGACGGUAGAGAGCCAGUUAGACAGCAUGUAGAUGAUAAAAGCAUUCCGGUUCCUUUAACAUCAUUGAUAGUAAAUGACCAAACACCUGGUGAAAUAUGUGUAAAGUACACUAAACUUUGCAACUCAUCAUACACAGCAGAAUGUUCACAAAAAAUCUGUCAAACCAUUGAUGACUGCUUUCUUGACACAAUUGUAAGUGAUCCUGACAGAGAAAGAGAUGGGUAUAAUCCACUGGAAAAUAGUUUCAAAGUGACAGGCAUAACAGUCAACAAGAUCUCUAUUUUGAGCCAAGCAGAUCCGAGUUCUAACCACUUUGAAUAUCCAACAGCUACAUCAAAUGCAAAAGGAAUAAUUCAUACACCUGACCAGAUUGUGGGUUUUGAGAAGCAAGAAAACAAGGAAAUCAUACUUGGAGUACUUUAUAAAGAACAUAAUUCUGGUGCAUAUUUUCAGUGGUAUAAAAACAACGAACUCUUUGCAAGUGGACCUGACCUUUGCUUAAUCCCCGUAACUGAUCCUGGUGAAUACUUGGUGAAGGUAUCAGAUGAAGAUACACUUUAUGAAUGUGCAGCUGUAAGGGUGGACUCUCAAGCUUUGCUGGCAGAAAAAAUAAAACUUUCAACAAACACUUGUCAUGCAACUCAGGAGAUUUUAACUGACCGAGUAAGACUUCAGUCCCUGGAUGACAGUACAGUUGAUACUGCUUAUGUAACUGAACCAUUCAAUGGAGGACAGUACAGUUGAUACUGUUACUGUUACUGAACCAUCAGUAGAGGAGAGAACAGUUGUUACUGUUACUGAACCAUCAAUGGAGGACAAAACAGUUGGCACUGUUACUGAACCAUCAAUGGAGGACAGUACAGUUGACACUGUUACUGAACCAUCAUGGGAGGACAGUACAGUUGACAGUGUUACUGAACCAUCAAUGGAGGACAAAACAGUUGAUAUUGUUACUGUUACUGAACGAUCAACUCCUAGUUAUGAUUCCAUUACAGACAAUGAAGUAAUAAAAAGCCAUGUCAUGAAUGAGAAUGUGAGUGAACAGACAAACUGUGACUAUAUCAAAGAACGUUCAAGUACAGCCAAGUAUAAUCCUAUACACGCGCUUAAUUUCUCAACAGAUGUAAAUGUGCCAGAAAUUCCUUAUGAUAGUUUAUGUAUGGGACCUAAAAUUGGGGAAGGCUCUUUUGGAACAGUACAUUUGGCAC